UAUCAAUAGUAAUUUUGUUAAUAAUUAAUAAAAUUUAAGGCCAGACCAAUUGAAUUCAACGGAGGAAAGAAAAAUCGUAUCGAAUAAUAUUAAAUAAUAGAGGUAUACAGGCAACGUAACGAUUUCGGCCCUUUAUUUAUUUUUAAUUUUAACCUAUGUAUUAUUAACCUCCCCAGAACGGAAGCCAUUGUCUUUUUUUUCCUUUCCUUUCUUCUUCCUUGCCAUCAGUUCAAUUGCUUGCUGCUAGAGCGCGAUUAAUGCGCCAGCCAUUUGCCUCUCGCUUCGCGGUUGCGCUCUCUCUCUCUCUCUCUGCCCCUCGCACCGGUUUGGAGGAGAUGGGCUCCGGGGAGGCGAUGGCGUCUCCAUUUACGGAGGAUUUGCAUCCGUCGAUUAAAGAACUGAAGGAGAAACAUCAAAAGGAUUUGCAGAACUUGACUUUGGCAACUCAACCUUUCAAGACGUUCUAUUUGUUUUUGUUUGCUACACUACAACAUUUAAGGCAAUCACUUAUAUACAUUUUAAGGAAGAGCGGCUGGAUCAUGCCUUUAACUAUUCCUUUUGCUGCUCUGGGUUUCUUUCUUGUUAGUGAUUAUGGCUCCUAUGAGAAGCAUCUUCUGGAAUUGCUUCACUACACAAACUAUGUUGUAUGGUGGGUGACACUUGGUGUGGCAUCAUCAAUCGGGCUAGGAUCUGGUUUGCACACAUUUGUGCUGUAUUUGGGCCCCCAUAUUGCCUUUUUCACUAUCAAGGCGAUCAAGUGUGGUCGAGUGGAUCUCAAAACUGCUCCAUAUGAUACCAUACAGUUAAAAAGAAGACCUUUAUGGCUUGAAAAGAAGUGUUCAGAGUUUGGACCACCCAUAUACCAUUCAUCACCUGAAAGUUUAGUUAAGGUUCCACUCCGCAGUAUUCUCCCUCAGGUUCAGCUGGAGGCUAUUCUUUGGGGAUUGGGUACUGCCUUUGGUGAGCUUCCUCCUUAUUUCAUCUCAAGAGCAGCAAGGUCCUCUGGAAACAAAAUGGAGUUGGAGGAACUGGAUGCGGUGUCAACAAAAGAAGAUGGCUUCAUAACUGCUUCUGUGAAGAAAAUUAAAUGCUGGUUCUACACUCACUCCCAGCAUCUUAACUUCCUAACAAUUUUAAUGCUUGCUUCAGUACCAAACCCACUUUUUGAUCUUGCUGGUAUUAUGUGUGGGCAACUUGGGAUCCCAUUUUGGAAGUUCUUCCUGGCAACCUUGAUUGGAAAGGCACUGAUAAAGACGCAUAUUCAGACAGUUUUCAUUAUUUCUGUGUGUAAUAAUCAACUCUUGGAGUGGCUGGAGAAUGAGUUAAUAUGGGUGCUUCGUCUCAUCCCUGGUCUCUCGUCUGCACUGCCUAACAUGAUUGCUAAAUUACGAACAGUCCAGGACAAGUAUUUAUCUGCCCCAGUUCCAGAACCUGCCCUGCCAGAGAGAACGGCUCAGCAGUGGAACCUAUCUAUUACUAUGAUAUGGAACGCUGUGCUAUGGUUCGUGCUUAUGAACUUCUUUGUGAAAAUAGUGACAGCUACAGCCAAAGGAUACCUCAAGGAGCAGCAAGAAUUGGAGUUGACGAAUCAGGAAACGAAGUUGAAGUCCUCUUGAGCAUGGAGUUAUCUCCCUAAUAUUCGCCCGUCAAAUCUACAUUCGAUUCAUUCAGAAGGCUCCCUCCCUUUUCUGCAAUCUGUGAAAGCACACUUUUCCACAGCGAAAUCAUACUCUUGUACAGGUCAGUAUUUGAUGGCAGGCCCUAUUUGUUCACCUGCUCCGAAGGGACCAAGUUAUGCAUUCGAUUCUACAGUCAUUUGUUGUUCAUACAAUAGAUCGACCAAAGAAUGUUUUAACAAGUUAUCGGAUAACUUGUGCAUGUUCUUGCAUACAAAUCGAAAAAUGGUAUGCCAAAUCACUUGAUAA